ACUAGUUGAGUUUGUAAUUGCGAGUUGUGUGGGAUUUGUAAGGAAAAUAAUCUAUUUUGAAAUAGAAUUUUGUCUACAAAAUCAAUAAACAUGUCGUACGCUUAUCUUUUUAAGUACAUUAUUAUAGGUGACACAGGUGUUGGGAAAUCAUGCUUGUUGUUGCAAUUCACCGAUAAACGUUUUCAACCUGUUCAUGAUUUAACAAUUGGUGUGGAAUUUGGUGCUCGAAUGAUCACUAUAGAUGGCAAGCAGAUAAAACUUCAAAUAUGGGAUACGGCUGGUCAAGAAGCUUUCCGGUCGAUUACUAGAUCUUAUUAUAGAGGAGCUGCUGGUGCGUUAUUAGUUUAUGACAUCACAAGACGAGAUACUUUCAACCAUUUAACAACUUGGCUUGAAGAUGCAAGACAGCAUUCCAAUUCUAACAUGGUUAUUAUGCUUAUUGGAAAUAAAAGUGAUUUGGAAUCUCGCAGAGAGGUGAAAAAAGAGGAAGGUGAAGCAUUUGCUAGAGAACAUGGUCUAAUUUUUAUGGAAACUUCUGCAAAAACUGCCGCCAAUGUAGAAGAGGCUUUUAUAAAUACUGCUAAAGAAAUCUAUGAAAAAAUCCAAGAAGGUGUAUUUGACAUAAACAAUGAGGCUAAUGGCAUUAAAAUUGGACCACAGCAUUCGCCAAGUAAUCCCAAUAUGCCUAUGAGUGGACAAGGAGCUAAUCAAGGUGGUGGUUGCUGUUGAUUUUCUUGCGUCAGUGUAUAAGUUAUGUUAAUUCAUACAGCCAUUUAUGAUGUGAUGGAUCAAAAGACUAAAGUUUUUUGUUCUGGUACAAAUGCAUGCAUGUGUUGAAAAAAAUUUGCAAAAUGGACCCAUUUUGGUCAUUUAAUUUAUUCCUAUCUGUAUCUCUAAAAAAAAAAUGAAAACUUUUUAUUUAGAAGUGUUUAGAAAAUUGUGUUUCAAAGUGUGUAAUUGUAGGCAUAUUAUUCUCCUGUAUGCUGUAAAUAUAUUUCACAUGCAUGUUUUCAGGGGGAAAAAUAACUUGAAAUUGGAAAAAACUGACUUUUAAGCAUAUAUUCAUGGCAAAGUAUUGUUUGUUUUAUGUAUCUCUUAUAUCAUGCAUAUGAAAAUGAUCAUUGUGUUUUGAAUUGUUGAUUGUAUAUAUAAAGAGCAGUUCAAAACAUUUAAUGAUGAUCACAAUUGUUGCACUUUUCAUUAGGGAAAAUUGUACUACAGAUAACAUACUUUGUCUUACAUAUUUUGUUUUGAAAAUUAUUUUGUGUUCAUAUAAACCAGUUUUUGUUUU